ACGGAAUCCCUUGCCGCAAAUCGUUUACUCAAAAGAUCAAUUGAAACUUAGAAAGUUCAAACACAACCUCUGCGUUUCAGACCAGAAACAAGGUUCAGCUACCCUCAGGUUCCUUUCCCACGCAACGUGCCUAUCCGCCUUUUCCAUCCUUUUCGUUAGAGCCAUUUCCCGUUUUGCAAAUCUACCGACAUCCAUCUGUUGCUGAGCGUAGACAGCGGCACUUUUUUUGGCAAAUCUGCUCCCCUGUCUUUGCUUCCUGACGUGCGCGUCGCCUAGAGUCGGGCUCGUGGCGCAUCGGUCGCCCGCCUUAAUAUGAUGGCAUAUGGCGGAGCGCUUUCUCGCGCCUAAGGCGAUUAGCGCUGGUCAGCACCAGAGCAACAUGGUUGGGACGGAUUCCUGUGCUUAUCGUCUCAAACGGAGCCUGACUCUGGACCCAACCGGACUACCUUCUUCUGAGGCCCACGUGCAGCUGCUUCCAGCCUUCUGUUCGUGCGGUCAAGUAGCUCAGGCAUCGCAGACAACCGACGCGGGCCCUUGCCUAUUAUGCUUAGGAACGCGCCGCAGCGGCUCAGGCUCACCUCCUCCGACGCCCUUUGUCUCUGCAGCAGCUGUUAGUCAGGACGUUGUGUCCGCGUUUCAAACAGUGCACGAGCCGCUUUGCUCACCGGGCUCCGUCUUCCGAAAUCAGGACACCAUCAUUGAGACGAGCAGUUCAGGGGACGCUUGUGCCAGUACACCUACACCGCAAGUUCCACGUUUAAGCGGAUCACUAAGCACGCCGGUGCAGGGAGGCGUAUGCUCUGGCGACAACGUGAUAGCUCAGCAACCGACGUUUCAACGGCAAUCGUCAGCAUGUCUGGGUGCAACUGGCAGUUGCCCAGCACAUGGCGUGAAAGCCGUGUGUGGCAAACGGAACAAAAUGGAGGAUAUGUACGCAGUACAGCCUAACUUUUUUGAUAUUCCGCUGUCACCAACCGCUGACGAUCUUCGUAAUAAGCUACCCGUGCGGAUUGCUUUGCAGCUGGGCCAUGCCGACCAAUUCCCAACGUGCGGUGCCGGACUUUCACCAAGCGACCCGCAAGGCGUUGCGAAGCAAAGCCUGGGCCGCGCUGGCGACCAGCCUGCAGGCACAUUUGGGGCAGGCGCUGACGCCAUGGGCACUUCAGACACGCUACACUUCUUUGGUGUGUACGAUGGCCACGGCGGGUGCCAGGCAGCCGAGCACUGCGCUAGGCGGCUGCACCACCACCUGUCCCGGUCCCUAGCCACCGUCUGCGGCUGCCUGGUUGCGGACGGCAACCAGCUGCUGCAGGCCCCGGAGCCGGACAGCAGCCAAGUGGACUGGUCCCUCAGCAGCUCCCUCAUGCAGUCCAUGACCAAACUGGCGUGCAUGAGCCUGGGUGGGCCAGAGACGGCCUCGCCGCCGCAGCACGAGAAGCCGCCGCAGCGGGAGAAGCCGCGGUGCCUGAUGGGUAAGGGCAGCGUAGACAGCGACAGCAGUUCUAGCACCCCAGAUGACCACGUGUUGGAACCGUCACCGGAGAACGACACGUCGUUUGACAACGAUAGCAGCGGCAGCAGCGGCAGCGACCCCGCCGACGCGGUUAGCGUGUCGGGGUUGCUGGAGCAGGCGCUGAAGCAGGCGUUUGUGAAUACGGAUGCGGAGUUCGGCGACGACGGGUGCGCUGCCAUGGUCGGAAGCACGGCGCUGGUGGCGCUUGUCGGCACGCGGAAAGUGUGGCUCGCGAACUGCGGGGACUCGCGUGCAGUGCUGUGCCGCAAUGGAAGAGCAAUCCAGCUAACGGACGACCACAAGCCUGAGCGCGAGGACGAAGCGGAGCGCGUGGAGAAGGCCGGCGGCCAGGUGCUCUUCUACAACGGGCACCGAGUUAUGGGCGUGCUGGCCAUGUCACGUGCCAUUGGCGACCACGGAUUGCGGCCGUACAUCAUCCCAGAGCCGGAGGUGUCGGUGGUGUGCCGCCAGGACGAUGACGACUUCCUGCUCCUGGCGAGCGACGGGCUGUGGGACGUGAUGGCCAACCAGGAGGCGACCAACCUGUGCAUCCGCUGCAUCAAACGCGCGCGGGAGAAGGGCGCCUCUCGCAACGCCGCCGUCCGCAUCGCCGCCUCGGUGCUGACCAAGGCCGCUAUUGAUCGCGGCAGCAAGGAUAACGUUACCGUCCUUAUCAUAGACCUACGCAGCGAGCGGCCAGGAGCGGCGCCGGGGCCUCAGGCUACCUGCGGCGACGCUGCGCGCGGGGAGGAGGCCGCUGCGCCGGCCGAAUGCGCGUGCACGGGCAACUGAGUGCUGCGCGCAUAGCAGCGGAAGCUGCUAACCGAUUACGGUAUAUUGUACAGCGGCUUAUAGGAUUGCAUUUGAGGUGUGGAGGGACGAGAAGACAAGCAUACCUAGCGUUGCCCUACAUAGCUACGAAUCUGCUUUCCCGUCCAUGCACGCUGGGGUGGGGGCUCUUCACGCUUCCAGGCCGCCUAUGUACUGCGACCUGGGAGCAGCUCCGCUCCGGACGGAGGGAGACCUGACCCCCGAACGGCGUCAAGAACUGAACUGGGCAACUGUCAAGCUUCCAUAGAUGAUGAUGCGGGUUGUGCAAGGCACGCAUUGUGGGUCUCUCUACGCCAAAUGCCUUGCGGGUGCACUUU